CCUAUAAUUCUAUCCUUGUUUCUUAUUCCCUAUCCUCAGCUUCUCUUGCGGAAUUGUCCAUAGGAAUCGGAUUUGGGUAAUUGGGAACUGGGAUUGAAAAAGGAACCCUCCGCUGCCUCGACUUCUUCUUCCCCUCUUUGUCACACACCCAGGACCCCGCCCCGCGUCGAUCGGUCCAUUCCGCCGCCAAGAUGCCGAUGCUUAAGGAACCGUGGAAGAAGUACAAGCCGUUCAAGGGCCCGCAUUUGCCGAACCGACAAUGGCCUGACAAAGUUAUUGAGAAAGCCCCCCGCUGGCUGUCUUCUUGCCUCCGAGAUGGUAACCAGAGUCUGCCCGAUCCAAUGAGCGGCGAGGAAAAAUGGCGUUAUUUCAGGAUGUUGUGCGAACUUGGCUACAAGGAGAUUGAGGUUUCUUUCCCCUCUGCGUCCCAGACCGACUACGACUUCACCCGCCGCUUGAUCGAAACGCCGGGCGCCGUACCAGACGACGUAUUCCUACAAGUUCUUUCACCCUGCCGCCCCGAUCUCAUUCGGAGGACUGUAGAGUCAGUACGAGGGGCCAAAAACGCCAUUAUUCACAUUUAUCUCGCUACGAGCGCGUGCUUCCGGCAAGUCGUCUUCGGCUACACGGAAGAGCAGACCCUCGAACUUGCUGUCGAAUGUACCAAGCUAGUCAGAUCCUUGACCAAGGACGAUCCCUCUACUUCUGGAACCAGAUGGCAGUUCGAGUUUUCGCCCGAGACUUUCUCCGACACAGACCCAGACUACGCCGUACGAGUAUGCCAAGCGGUGAAAGCUGCCUGGGGCCCUAAUGGUGAAGCCGGAGACCAGAUCAUCCUCAACCUCCCCGCUACAGUCGAACUGGCAACACCCAACGUAUAUGCGGACCUGGUAGAAAGCUUUUGCAACAACAUUGGGGACAGGAAUGAUGUGUGCAUAUCUCUGCAUCCUCAUAAUGAUCGCGGGUGUGGUAUUGCAGCUGCAGAAUUGGCCCAAAUGGCGGGUGCUGACCGUGUAGAGGGCUGUCUCUUUGGCAAUGGAGAGAGAACGGGCAACGUCGAUCUCGUCACUUUGGCUCUCAACCUAUAUACACAGGGUGUAAGCCCGAACAUCGAUUUCUCCAAUUUGAACGCAGUUAUCGACAUGGUUGAGUCAUGUACCAAAAUUCCAGUUCACCAGCGUGCCCCCUACGGUGGUAGCCUCGUUUGUGCGGCCUUCUCUGGUAGUCAUCAAGACGCAAUCAAGAAAGGAUUCCAGAAUCGCAAGCGCCUUGGCUUAACCAGCGAAGACCCAUGGAAUGAUCCAUGGAAUGGGAUGCCCUACCUUCCCCUGGACCCCCAAGAUAUUGGUCGUAAUUAUGAAGCUAUCAUCCGUGUCAAUUCUCAAUCUGGAAAGGGAGGAAUUGCCUUCAUUUUGCAAACAAAGCUACAUCUUGACCUCCCCCGCGGUCUACAGGUUGCGUUCUCCAAAGUCGUCCAACGUCGUACUGAAGAGGUCGGACGCGAGCUUCUCGCUCACGAAAUCACUAAUCUCUUCAAAACAACUUAUUUCCUUCACGAGAACCCAUAUUUUAGCCUCAUUGACUAUAACAUCACCCCUGACCGCUCAGCAUCUCCUAUGUUAGCCCCAGGCCAGACCCAAGACACAAAGAGUCUGAUACGUAUCUUUGAUGGCGUCAUUCUUGUCAACGGUGAAGAGGUCAAGCUGCGUGGCCGAGGCAAUGGCCCCCUUUCUAGCAUGGUAGCUGCGCUCAAGGAAGUUGGCGUUGAUCUCGAUAUUAAUGAUUAUAAGGAGCAUGCCAUCGGCGAGGGUGGCAAUGUGAAGGCAGCCUCAUAUAUUGAGUGCAAGCAUACACACAGCAAUCAGAUAGUCUGGGGAGUUGGUAUUCACGAAGACGUGGUACAGAGCUCUCUAGUCGCCCUUCUGAGUGCAGCGAGCAGUUUCGUUACAAGUCGACCUACUAGUCCCAUUCUCAAGCCCACCACGAACGCCACUGCACAAGAGAAGCCCAAAUUCAUCUCCAUCUUGGAGGGAAAGGCAAACGGCAUGUAGAAGAAGUUUGGAGAUGAAAAACAAAAGCAAAAUAUCUUUUUUUUUUUUUUUUUGCCGGCAAAACAUAUUUUCCAUUUGUUAAUCAUUGUGUUCCCGCAUUUGGAUGGGCAUUGAAGCUGGACCUUUCUUUGUGUUGGGAAAAGUGUAAAAUAAAAGUUAUAACCAAACUCAUGCAUUUAGUGAGCUAAAAGUUACGGGUUUGAGGGAAGCCCUGUCUCAAAAAGCAUUGGUCUUAUAACAAAAAAGGGGCUGCUCCCUCGUCUUUUGAAUUAUGCAGCGACUAU